AAAAUUUUCAGCUUCUUUCAAAUACUUGAGGCGUAUGACAUUGAUCAUAUCGUCUAUUGUUAUUUACUUGUGUCAUUAAUACACAAAAAGAUGGCGGACGCUGAGGGAAACAGCGCAAUAUCCUGUUACUGAACUCGUUUGGCUUCCGAGAAACGCUCACAGCCAGCCAUCAAAGAAAGUUCGUUUCGAUUUCGCUGUUAUUCACUGUCAUUUUGCGGGUUUGUCGCCCUUUGUUGCGAUUUAGGUCAUCCCAUGGUGCUACGACCUAGGCCCAUCAAUGAAUUGUUCCCAAUGAGCGACUUUGCGAGUCUCCAAGCGCCUUCAGGCCUCUCUGGUUCAAUUUCUGGAUCUAUUUCAUCACAGAGAAGUUAUGGAGCCACAAGAGCAGGCCUUGAUAACACGGAAACGAAGUUUUUUGUUCAUUUGGUUGAAGCUGGAGAUACGUUGCAAAGGAUUGCAAUUAAGUACGGCGUUUCGAUAGAAAAACUCAAAAGGUUUAACAAAAUAUGGUCAAAUGAAAGCUUAUUUUUAUUGGAGAAAUUGAAGAUUCCUCUGGCUAUGAAGCAGAAACAAUGGGAAGAUGAUAGUGAAGACAGUGAUGGUGAUGAUGAUGAUGAUGAACAGAAAAGUGGAAAAAUUGUAGAUAAAAAGAGUUCAACUUUAAAAAAGAAUAAUAAAAAGGAACCAGAAAAUGAAGAAAGAGAAUCUGAAAAAUCGAAAACGGACAUGGAAAAUGGUGUAGAGCCAAAAUAUGAUAGUUGUCAUGACUUUUUAAAUAUGAUUGAUAGCCGUAUAAAUAAGUGUAAGAAGGAAUGGACAAAGAUAAGGAGCCAUUCAGAAAACAGUUCCUUACCAUUUGUCAGUUAUGACAGCAACAAUGCCAAUAAAUUGUCACCAACCAAAGGCGGAUACCAAGAACUUAGCGAAAAUACAUAGUUAUUUUGUUUUAUUUGAUUUGGGAAUUCUAGAAAGCAACAGUUUUUAGGCUACAUAAUUUUUGCAUUUCAUAUUGAUUUUUAUGUAAGGCAAAAAAAUAUAUUUGAAAAUUUUCCAAAUGACGUUUUGCCAUCUACGGCUGUUUCAAACAUAUGUAGCUGUAAGAUGCAUUUUAAAAGUAAGGGGAAUAGAAAAAAGAUCUUCUUGUUGCCUGCAAAAAGAUACUUGACUUCUGUUUUUGAAAAAUUGGGGGGGGGGGGUGAACCACUUGUGCCAGGAUCCACGGGUCAUAUCAAGCACCAUAACACAUUUAAAAAAGUGAGGGUUCUAAAAAAAGCAAGAGUUGGGGUUAAAGCCAAAUCAUGAGAGACUUGACUGGUGGUUCGUUACUCAACUUUUUGCUAUAGCCCCCAACCCCCCUUUUUGGAUUGGGGGCUGAAAAGUUUUAGGGGCUUAAUAUAACAAGAGGCCUUACACCCUAAAUCAUGCUUCCAGAAUUUUUUUUUGAUCUUGGUCCCCUAGCCCCAUGAUUCUUUGGACACAAUUAUUUUUUGAGGUAACUAUAUUGUAGGCAUUUUAUUCCUCUUUAAAGUUUUAAUCCACAGUUGUUUAGAAUGUGUAACAAUUUAUCGUUCCUGUAAUCUUAAUGAGAUUUAAAUGAUUUGAUUUGUUGGAAUUUGAAGUAGUUAUAGUUUCCUACAAAUAAAAUGGAUUUUUUUCUGA